GAAACCCGAACCCGCAGUCCGAUCGAGAGGGCGGGCUGGGAGCCUGGAGCCCCGGUGGAGGCUCUCGGGGUGCCCGCGGUGGCCCCCCAGGCUGGCAGCUGGCACAGCUGGAAGGGUGGCAGCGGUGACAGGCCCCAUGACCCGGAGCCUCUGACAACCAACCCACCGUCUUCCCCCGGCCCGAUCGCUCGCCCCGGGGGACCCGGCCCAGGUUGACAAAAUAUGGAUGGAGCACAGGUCAUCUGCACUACUAUGAUUACCAGCUUUUUCACCUUUCAAGUCCUUUUCCAUCUUGUAAGUUCUCGGUUUUCAGCAAAAAUUUCUACAGGUUUUAAUAAGCUCAGCCCUCAAAAGAAGAUUGAAUGGAACUCAAGGGUGUUGUCUACAAUCCAUUCUUCAGCAGUUGGGAUUUUGAGCCUGUACAUUCUUUUUUUUGAUGAGUGUAAAGCUGAUCCACUUUGGGGUCGGUCAUCGCUUGUAGAAAUGAAUAUUUCUAUUUCUUCAGGCUACCUCUUUUCUGAUUUAUUGAUUCUGCUUUUGAAUUGGAAAGGGAUUGAUGACUUAGCUUACAUACUUCACCAUUCUACAGCACUAUAUGGAUAUGCUGGUAUUACUGACUUCUGGAACACUGGGCUACAUUGGAAGUGUUCGCACUACUUGCAGAACUUUCCAGGCCCUUUUGUGAAUCAGAGGUGGUUCUUUGAAGUUCUGAACUACCCUAAGCUUUCCAAAGCUAACAUCAUCAAUGGGAUACUCAUGACAGUGGUGUUCUUCAUCGUUCGGGUUGCUGCCAUGCCACCUUUAUAUUACUAUAUAUAUUCUGUGUAUGGAACUGAACCCUACGUGAGGCUUGGGCGUCAUGUUCAAUAUUCCUGGUUCUUAUGUUGUGCGACAUUGGAUGUAUUGAAUAUCAUGUGGAUGAUCAGAAUCUCAAAGGGGUGUAUCAAAGUCAUCACUGCCUUCAGAAAUGAGAAUGCCAAAAAUAGACUUCAGAAUGGAAAACUUGACUGACAUA